CAUGGCUAUAUACAUAUUAGAGCCCAGGGCUUCUGUCUCUGAAUCCAGCAGUGCAGGAGUGCGAGCUUUGACCAAAAACGAAGAGAAAGGACACACAUUUCCACUCAUUUAUCUCUCAAAUACAACUUUGCCAAUAAGAAAUCAUGACAAAAGGUCCAGCCGUUGGAAUUGAUUUGGGCACCACCUACUCCUGUGUGGGCAUCUUCCAACAUGGGAAGGUAGAGAUCAUUGCCAAUGACCAAGGGAACAGAACGACGCCCAGCUAUGUCGCCUUCACAGACACAGAAAGACUGAUCGGAGAUGCAGCCAAGAACCAAGUAGCCAUGAACCCCACCAACACAGUGUUCGAUGCCAAACGUCUGAUUGGUCGACGCUUUGAUGACCCAGUGGUCCAGUCUGACAUGAAGCAUUGGCCCUUCAAAGUCAUCAAUGAGGGUAGCAAGCCCAAGGUGGAGGUGGAGUACAAAGGAGAGAUUAAGACCUUCUACCCUGAGGAGGUGUCCUCUAUGGUCCUCACUAAGAUGAAGGACAUUUCUGAGGCAUAUCUGGGCAAGACUGUAUCAAAUGCAGUCAUUACUGUGCCAGCUUACUUCAAUGACUCUCAGCGCCAAGCCACCAAGGAUGCUGGAACCAUUUCUGGCCUUAAUAUCCUGCGUAUUAUCAACGAACCAACAGCAGCUGCCAUCGCAUAUGGAUUAGACAAAAAGGUUGGUGGUGAACGCAAUGUCCUCAUCUUCGACCUGGGUGGUGGCACCUUUGACGUGUCCAUUCUGACAAUUGAGGAUGGCAUUUUUGAAGUUAAGUCCACUGCAGGUGACACCCACUUGGGUGGCGAAGACUUUGACAACCGAAUGGUCAACCACUUCAUUGGAGAGUUUAAGCGCAAGUUUAAGAAGGACAUCACUGGCAAUAAACGUGCAGUUCGUCGCCUACGAACAGCAUGCGAGCGUGCCAAGCGUACCCUCUCCUCCAGCACACAGGCCAGCAUUGAAAUUGACUCUCUCUAUGAAGGUGCUGACUUCUACACUUCCAUCACUAGAGCGCGUUUUGAGGAACUCAAUGCCGACCUGUUCCGUGGCACACUGGAGCCAGUGGAAAAGUCUCUGCGAGAUGCCAAGAUGGACAAGGCGCAGAUCCAUGACAUUGUGUUGGUUGGUGGCUCUACUCGAAUUCCCAAGAUUCAAAAGCUGCUUCAAGACUUCUUCAAUGGUCAGGAUCUUAACAAGAGUAUCAACCCAGAUGAAGCAGUAGCCUAUGGAGCUGCUGUCCAGGCAGCCAUCUUAGCAGGUGAUAAAUCUGAGAAUGUCCAAGACCUUUUGCUGCUGGAUGUCAUCCCACUCUCUCUGGGCAUUGAGACAGCUGGUGGUGUCAUGACGGUGUUAAUUAAGAGGAACACCACCAUUCCCACCAAGCAAACCCAAACUUUCACCACCUACUCAGACAACCAGCCUGGUGUACUGAUCCAGGUAUUUGAGGGAGAGAGAGCCAUGACGAAGGACAACAACCUUCUUGGCAAAUUUGAGUUAACGGGAAUCCCUCCCGCCCCUCGUGGAGUGCCACAGAUUGAAGUUACCUUCGACAUUGAUGCCAAUGGCAUUCUCAAUGUAUCAGCUGUGGACAAAAGCACGGGCAAAGAGAACAAAAUAACUAUCACAAAUGACAAAGGUCGUUUGAGCAAGGAAGACAUUGAGCGUAUGGUACAAGAAGCUGACAAGUACCGAGCAGAGGAUGAUGCUCAGAGGGAGAAAGUCACAGCCAAAAAUGCAUUGGAAUCCCUGGCCUUUAACAUGAAGAGCUCUGUGGAAGAUGACAAGCUGAAGGAAAAGAUCAGUGCAGAUGACAAAAAAGCCAUCACUGACAAAUGCAAUGAGGUCAUUGCCUGGCUGGACAGGAACCAGACUGCAGAAAAGGAUGAGUACGAGCACCAACAGAAGGAGCUGGAAAAAGUUUGCAACCCCAUUAUUGCCAAGCUCUAUCAGGGCACUGGGGGUAUGCCAGGUGAAAUGCCGGGUGGAUUUCCUGGAGGGGCAGGACAUGGUGCCUCCUCUGGCCCUACCAUUGAAGAAGUUGACUAAUCUCGACAGUAUGAGAUAAAGAGGAAUCCAGGCUCAUAUGUAGUGCAAUCAAACUGAAGAGUGAUUUCCAUCAGCAUUUCUCAAACAAGCUUCUUAUAAUGAAUUUGAUAACAUUUAUAUCACAGUGGUCAGUGCCGAAUGAGACCAACUUAUACCAUGUGACCAAAGCAAGUUGCACACAUUAGCUUAUAUUUCAUAACAAUAUGUAUGCACAGCUAUAAUAUAAUGGUUACAGGGUUACUAGAUAAGUUGUUACACAUAGCAAUGAAAAUACCUAACUGAAGUGGGUGGAGCCUUUUAAUUAUGAUUCUACAUGGAUGGGUUUUUAAUUGCACCACUGCUUUAUGAUUCAUUUCAAGGAGUUUACAUUAGGACUGAAGUAAUUUUAAAUAAAUCAUAUUGGAUCUU